GGGCCGCGGCCAUCAGUAUAGUCAAUAUUAUCAGUCAUGGCGCACACAGAUUUUAGCGGGACUUGGAAGUUGGACCGUAAUGAGAACUGGGAUGGGUUUGCCUCAGCUGUUGGUAUGAACUUCGUUGCCAGGAAGAUGUCUGGUAAAUCAAAACCAACUAUGGUGCUCAAACAAGAUGAAGAAAAACUAGAGGUGGAAAUUCAAACGAUGCUGUUUAACAGAACUGAAGUGGUCUACCUUAACGGAGACCCCUUUGAAAACACAGCAAUGGACGGGACCGCAAGAACAUGUGUGGCGCGCUGGGACGGUGAGGUAUUAGCUCAAACUUCCGAGCCGAAAGAUCCGACCAACAAGUCUCCGAAGGUUACUAAUACCAGGGAAAUAACUCCUGAUGGUGAAAUGUUAGCAACAAUCACUGUACAUAAGCCAGAGGGUGAUGUUGUCUGCAAAAGAUGGUUCAAGAAACAAUAAGUAGCCAAAAUCAGCUGAAGGAGAAGACUUUUAUUACAACAAUAACCCUUACUAAGUCGUGUCAUAUUAAUCAGGGACUAAAACCAUAUAUACUGGGACAGCUGAUAUUUUAACUGGCGAGGAAUUGUGCUCCGGUGCCAGUGAUCAGGAUGUUGAUCUUUUUCGGUACCUUGUAUUUUAUUGUGAAAAACAAAGGUUCAGGGCUUGAAAUCAAGAUGAGACACCAGGGAAUUCCGCGUACGCCUAUUUAUGAAAAGUUUUGUUUUCAGUUUUCGAACUCAUUUCAAAGUCUGUACAUGUAUUCUGACGAAAUGUAAUUUCAAAUAAUAUUGCUAUCUUAACAUAAAGUCUAUCUAAUUUCCCAAAA